UUUUUUAAAUAAUAUAUAUACCACAGCCCCGUCCACUUAGUGGACUUGUUUUCCGUGUGGGCAACAGAGAUGCAUUUAAAAGGCGAAUGUUUUUUCCUAAGCUGACCCGUGUAGAAAAGUUUUUCCUCGAAGUUUUUUUGGGAACUCCACUGAGCCCAGCGAGCAGCGCGCGCAGAUCUGACAGCGCGCCGAUUUCCCCUCUGCAAAUGUCUCGAGCUCGUCCGCACGGACAAGACCAACAUUCUUAUUGAUCGCGCUCUUAUUUUAUGACUAUAGCCACCCCCACUCAGUUCUAAAGAGGAGACGUUUUUUUUUUUUCCUUCCUUGCGUGUGCCAAAUACUCAAGCGGACAGCACGUGCAAAUCGCGACACCUCCAGGAUCACGAGGCCCGCUUUUUAGAUUCUAUUUCGCACCCCAAACGUCUUACCUGCAUUGCUUAUUCAUUACCGUUAUUCUCAGACCUUUCUCAGACUACAGUGGAUCCCCCAUCACCAACCGUCUCGUAAUUCUGCAGCAGGACGUCCGGUGCGCGACACGGAGCGCGCGCGCUGCAGGAGCACAAAUCUACAGGAACUUCCCCGUUUGGCUCUGAGUCAUUGCAAUGAGCGCGCGCGGUGAGGAAGCCGCCGAAGCCUCGGGAUCCCGCGAGCAGCCCGCUCCGGCCGCCGAGCCUCCGAAGAGAGGACCGGGCAGACCCAGGAAGCCGCAGCAAGAACCCACGGGUGAGCCUGUCCCCAAACGUCCAAGAGGACGUCCCAAGGGAAGCAAGAACAAGGGCCCUUCCAAAGCAGCACAGAAGAAAGCUGAGACCACAGGGGAGAAGAGACCGAGAGGAAGACCAAGGAAAUGGCCACAGCAAGUGGUCCAAGAAAAGCCUGCUCAGGAAGAGGAGGAGGCCGAGGGCUCUCCCGAGGAGGACUAAACAACCACAUCAUUUUACCUCUACCUCAUCCAGCUGUCAGCUCUCUUCAAGGGAAAAGACUGCCUUGACCACUUAUCGUUGAGUUUCCACUUUUGUUUAUCAAGUUUGUUAAUCGUUCUCAUUUGUUGCUUUUCUUAGGUUACCUUUUGUUUGUUCUUGUUUGUUUAUUUUGUUUUGGUUUUGUUUUUGUGAUCAGCACACAAAACCUCAUAGCGCGAACGCGGGGCAAAAACACAGCAACAACAACAACAACAACAACAACAACAACAACAAAAUACGACCAUUGUGCAGAUGAUAAUUCUGCUCACCUCCGCAUUCCAAACUGCUGUAUCACAGAGGUGCAGGGGUUAGCCACAUGGGAUGUGCUGCUGUUGCUCUCGCCACACACACACACACACACACACACACACACACACACACACACACACACACACACACACACACACACACACACACACACACACACACACACACACACACACACACACACACACACACACACACACACACACACACACACACACACACACACACACACACACAGAGAUAUUUCAGGCAUUUAGCAAAAGAGAAAGAAGACCUAUCUGGUUUUGUCAUUUGAAAAGUUUGUGGUAGAGCCUUCAACAGCUACUCCAUCACAAGUGCACACACAUGUAGAAAGCCCCUUACUUCUGUGUCACACCACCAAAGACAGAGGAGAAAUGAACCAUUCUUAUAUAUAUGUAUAUAUAUAUAUAAGAUUAGAAAUGUAUGAUAUUUAUGAUACAGCAUUUUACGUUGACCUCCUGUGAUAAAAAAAAUGUUCAGCAGAAAAUGAUUCACUCAUAAAACAGAUAUGGCCUGCAGAUCUGAAAAUAAAAUGGUCUAUUGGGCGUUAAUCAAAUUCUUUAGAAAAUUACAUGCAUUACAUGAGUUAUAUAGUAUCUUUGAUACUACCAAAAGAAGAAAAUAAUCUGGUGUCACCGAUAAUGAAGAACAUUGUGCUGAACAUAUUUAAAGGCCAUGCCAUUGCAUAAAAUGAUCUGUCAGCAAUUUUGCACAAAAUAAGCCCAAAUUCAAUUAUGUAGACAAGACUUUGCAGUACGUAUACAAACACUAGAACUCCCUUAUUAUCGCAGGGUCUUAUACUGCAAUUGCAUAAAACACAUAGUGAAUAUUUAACAUGGAUUUGGAAUGCCUUGGGUAACAAAAUGUGAUUAAGGAAUGCAAAAAAUGUGAGGUUUAUAACUUUUAAAUGUUGUACUUGUAGAAUCGUGUUUAUAUACAGAACUCUCAAUUGAAAAUCUUCACCAAAAACAUAACUAAGCUUUACUAUAUUUGCCUUAAAUAAGCCCAGAGUUUGUUCGAUUUUAUUUAGAGUGCUGUCAUAAUUACCUGAACGUGGCAUUACUGCAGGCUUCUUUUGUCAGGGGAUAAAAAGACAGUUGGUUUAGUGUUUUUUUCUUCUUUUCUCCAGCCUGUCUUUGGUGGUGAACAUAAAAACUAGACAACACCGUACUCCUGCAAACUGAGAAAAAAAGAGACACAAGUCUCCAACAGUACUACAGAACAAUCAUGCAGCAAUCUACUGUACAUACACAAUCCUGGCAUUUUCUUAACAAUUUGACAUGUAUAGAUUCGUUAUUGUGUUUCUUUCUGUUUUUUUCUUUUUCUCUUUUGGUAAAAUAUAGCUUUAAAGAAGACAUAAUAUUCAAUACUUUCACAUAAAGGGAAGUAUGUCAUCACGUUCUGACUCAAAACCUGAACCUCAAGAAAGAUAAUCCACAGGAAAGAAACCACACUAUACCUCAAGACACACAAGAUACAUGAAGCACAGUGACUUUGGAAGAGUUCAGGGCUUCGAUCCCGUCGGCACUGGUGCCCAUGAAAUAUCUCCUCACCAUUUCAAAGCUACCUCCGAUUUCUUCACCCAGCGAAUCAGCUUGUGAGACACACGCUGCUAUAAACUACUCAUUACUCAGCAGGGGAUGGCAGUGAGUGCCAAUGUCAAAAAAAAAAACCUUCUCUGAAUGCCUGUAAUAAUGAUGUGUGAUGGCACAGAGAAGCUCUGCAAAAGAUUUGUGAGAGUCAGGCAGGUGAUGACUGAAAUCAGAGGUGUGAUUGGAUUCCAAGAUGAACUCCUCAAGCAGCUAAGGGAAUACGUACUGUUUUUUUUUUAUUAUUAUUAUUAUUAAAAAAAAAAUUGUUUCCUUAUUUUUAACACUUUCAUUUACCUAUGUAAUAAGAUUCUUUUCUUUCUCUGCAACUGGGGCAUCUGUUUUACAUCAGUUAACUUGAAUACGUUUUGUACUGAUUUUAUUCAAUUGUUUCUAUGGAUCAAUUGCUUAUAUGACUCUAAAUGAUAUUAUUGCAAAUGGAUUUUCUCUGCUCCUCUUAUUCUUUUCUUUCUUCUCCUUUUUUUUAGUUGUAGUGUAGAUUUCUUCUCAUAUAAGUACUAUUCAGAUAUGUACCUCAAAAAAGAGAAACAAAAGACUAAUAAUCAGUUGACAAAUACCUACCUCCGGUCUUGAUCAAAUAAACGAUUUUGCCUGGUCUAUUUCAGCACAAUUUCAAACAAUGUACGCUGAAGAAAAACAAAACAAAAACAACGGACUGCACGAAAUCCAUGCUUUACAAACUUUCAAUUUGAAUCAAUUUUAAUUUGCCUGGGGGAGAAGACAGAGUAGAAAAAAAAAACUUGAUAAUUUUUCAGGUUAAAAAAAAAAAUAUAUAUAUAUAUAUAUAUAUGUGUGUUUUGGUUUUGUAUAUUGCAUACAUGACUAUGUUUUUUUUUUUUUGGAAAGAUUAGUAGAUAUCGAGAUAUACUUGAUUAGCAAGUUUUGUGUCUUUUACACAAAUGUGAUUUUCUGUUCUUGUUAUGUGGUUCAAGCAGGUUUAUAUGUAAUACUUCAUAUGUAGUGAAAUGUUACACCUUUUUCAGCCUAUCGUCAUGAAAACCUUUGAACCGUUAACUGGUAUAUUCUCAACUGGGCCUGAGGUAGAGCCUCAUGGAAAGCUAGUGGAGCAGCGGACAUGCCUCUUGAACUGACACAUUUAUAGUUGCAUGGAGUGGCUACCUUUAGCAUGGCAGCUGCAAACCAACAUUAGAUCUUGCUCAAACACUGUAACGCUACCUAACUUUUUUUUACAAAUUCAGCAGAGCAAAAAUCUGCCUGAAAGAGUAGUUUAUAAGUGUAGGAGUGUAUGAGUGUAGGCAUUGAAAUAUGGUCUUUUGGCAGCUUAAAACUAAGGCUACAUUCACGUUCGACACAUUAUGAAGCAACUAAAUGGCAGAGACAUAAAUUACUUUUUUUUUUUUUUUCUUUUCUUUUUUUUUGCAUCAUGCAUCCAAAAUGAAAUGUAGCUCUGCAGGGAGCUGUACAUUCAUAAGAAGGUUCAGCUCACUGUAAAGACCUUCAGUUUACUGUUAAUGCAACAGUUUUAUGUGAUUUAUGUGAAUGCAGCUUAAUUCGGAGUAUUCACCGAGUUGGUAGAUGUUGCCAUUUAUCACUUCAAAAACGGAUUAUAUUGGGAGAAAUAAAAGAACAGUUAGUUAAAUGAGAUUCAAAUGUAGUCGGGGGAAACAGGUUCCUGCUUAGUGGUAAAACGCAACUCCUACUUACAGUGACAUCCAUUGCCUAAAGCAGAGCUCAUACUUCCUGCAAAACUGAUGUGCACUCAGCUCAGAGGAGCAAAAUAAUGUACUGUAGCCGGUCACAAUACUGGAUUCUGGAUUCCAGUAGGUCUCUAGGAUUCUCUUGGAUUCUGCAAAGGAAUUGAACGUAAAGACAUCAUCCUCACAUUGUUCGUGGUAAAUUGACUAAAUACGUGCUUAUAAAGCGAGGGUUUUGAAUGAAAUAUCUCACUACUGUAACAUGUUUGAAGGGGUGGGGCCAAGUCCAUAACUCCAGAGAGCUGAGGCUUGGAUCCGAAACAAAAUGGUUUACAAGUUACUACAAAACUAUGCACCGUUAAACCCAAAGAGAGACGUAAAGGAUGGAUUGAAUGUGUGAAAAGAAGUAGUACAGACUUUCCUGACACGUUCACAUACUGGAAGUAUGUAUCAUUUUGAAACUGCAUUGAUUCUCUUUUAUCCUGAAGAGCCUUAAAACAACUUUUCAUUUGGAGACACCGUGUAAUGUAUAGGGCGUUCCCUUGUUUAGAAAGUUUACAUUUAAGCUUGUUUAAGUUUUGCUUACCCCCUAACAAACAUCUGUUUGCAAGAAGUAUGUUCACUCCUUUAGGGAAAAGAAAUCAUGAACAAAACAGACUUUUGGCUGUAAUGCACAAGUCUGACAAUGUGCAUUGCUGAGAAAACGUCACAAUGUUCUCAUGUCCUUUCUUGACUUGAUCUGUUGGUUUGAAUGUGUAUCCACAGGAGCCACUGUUAAUGUGCUUUCCGCUGUGGGUGUCUUAAUGAAGUCGACUCUGAUAACAUGUUCUAGUACAAUCGAAUACACACUACUACCUCCAAGAGGGCCUCUUUUUAUACCUCAUUAUUCAAACUGCUUAAAUUCAGUUAAAUUCAGGUGGCUGACUCCAGGGAGAACAUGUUAUAUAUAAUUAUAUAUAUAUAUUUUUUGUUCAUAUAUCUAUUUUUAUGGGUGAUACAUUUUAUAAGUCUGUUCAUCUCUGCCUUUCAGUCACAGUUGGACUGAACAGUUAGAACCUUGCUCUAAAGCAAAUUUCUUCUCAUUAUGCAAUGUUAUGUAGUUUCAUUAGCUGUGGGGAGAGAAGGUCGCCUGUUCUUGGCCUCCUCCUCCUAAUAUAUAACUUCAAAUGUUUUCUAACAUUUAUGGCUUUCUCUGUUUCACCUAGUAUUGCUGUCUAUAAUUCCACUUCAAAUUGCUUGCCUGUUAAAGAAAAACUGAAUUAAAAAAGUUCUCUUUAUAGAUAUUCACUGCCUUAUUAAGCACAAUAAAAUGGGUGCUUGUGA